UUCGACCCCAAAACCGAUGACUGUGGGGAUCGGAAACUCAUAAACCCCACUCUUCAGUUUGCGAUUUCAGAGCUUCCAACGCACCCAAAAUGGCGACCGAAGAAGAAAGCACUGUCAAGGAGCCAUUGGAUCUCAUCAGGUUGAGUCUUGACGAGCGUAUUUACGUCAAGCUUCGCUCUGACCGCGAACUCCGCGGCAAACUCCAUGCUUAUGAUCAGCAUCUUAAUAUGAUUCUAGGUGAUGUUGAAGAAAUUGUUACUACAGUAGAAAUUGAUGAUGAGACUUAUGAAGAAAUUGUUCGGACAUCCAGGCGUACCGUUCCGUUUCUUUUUGUUAGAGGAGAUGGUGUCAUAUUGGUUUCACCUCCACUCAGGACCGUUUAACUAAACUAUCAGACAUUUGCGUGCAUUCUUAAUGGGAACUUCUUAUUCGUCUUCUCUACCAAAUUGACUGGAGCUGGAAUACUGUCAAGUACUCAACCCCAUUCAUAGACUAGGCUUUAUCCUUUAGUUGUUAUGCAUAUGUUGUUAUAUUGCAUAAACUAGUUGUUUUGAUAUAUUCAAGUUGUAACUGUAGUUUUUGACAUUUUAAUUGGCUGCACAGUUUGUUGCCUUCAGAUUUUGAAUGCAAGGCCAAGUAAACGAAACUUGAAAUUGUGCAUCUAAGCCAUAGAGAAUCAAGCAUCGCUUGUUUUCUUAUCCAUUUUUAUUUGUCUUCAUCCUCAUCGAAAAGCUUGUUUUGUUGGAUUGAUGGAUUCUUGAACUCGUUCAUUUUCUCAAGUAGUUGAAGAAAUUUGCUGUAUUUGUUAAUGAAUAUCAUGAAUUGAUCUCAAA